AAAGCCAAGUGCGCUGCGGGGCGGGCGGUGCUCGGUGCUUCGCCCCCGCCGCUGGGAAGCGACCUUAGACCGGAGAGGGGAGGACGGACGGACAGACACACACCCCCCUGCGAGCCGGUGCCACCCCCUUCUCCCCCCCCGGUGCCACGCCACGCGCGGAGCUCCGCAGCAUCUCCAGCCCUCUCUGCCCCGAGACCACCGGCGAUGGAGCCGCUUCCCCGGGGGCCCUGGCCGCUGACCUGCCUGGUGCUGCUCUCCCUGCCAGGUGUGGGUGCCCAGGCAGGUCAGGACUUCAAGCUGCAGCAGCCCCAGGACAAAGUGUCAGUGACAGCGGGGGAGACGCUCACCCUGAACUGCACCACGUCUGGAGACGGUCCCAUUGGUCCCGUGAAGUGGCUGAAGGGCUGGGGCAGUGAGAAUGAGACCAUUUACGACCAGACGGGCACCAUCCCUCGUGUGACGAGGGCAGUGACUGAGUCCGACACAGACUUCACCAUCCACAUCAGGGAUGUUCGCCCCAAGGAUGCCGGCACCUAUUACUGCGUGAAGUUCGGCAAGUCACUGCGUGGUAUUUCGGUGUUUCAGCGUGGGAAUGGCACCGAGGUGUCCGUGUACGCCAAACCCAGCAUCCCGGAGGUGUUUGGGCCAGAGACCAGAGCGGGGCCGGGGCAGUCGGUGCCUUUCACCUGCACGGCCGGAGGGUUCUUCCCCAGAGAAAUCACUGUGAAAUGGCUCAAGGACGGGGCGCAGAUCUCGGCUCAGCAGCCGCAGGUCACCCCUGGGCAGACGAAAUCCUCCUACAACGUGUCCAGCACCGUGUCGGUGACGCUGCAGGAGGGCGACGUCCGCUCGCAGCUCGUGUGCGAGGUGCAUCACCCCACGCUGCCGGCCCCGCUGCGGGGCAGCUUCCAGCUCAGCCGAGCCCUGCGAGUUCCCCCCAGCGUGCAGGUGGUGGCCGACCCGCCGAGCCCCGUCGAGGUGAACAAGACGGUGAACUUCACGUGCCACGUGAAGGGCUUUUACCCGGGAGACGUGGCCGUCGCCUGGCUGGAGAACGGGAUGGAGAUGAGCGUGGGGAGCACCCCCCCGCCAUCGGAGACCCCCCGGGGCUUGUUUGAGCUGCGGAGCCUGGUGGAGGUGCAAGCGACGGAGGAGAAGAACGGGUCUGUGUUCACCUGCCGCGUGGUGCACGACGCCCAGGACCCCGUCAGCGGGACGGGCACCCUGCGGAUCGCUGCUCCGGCCAGGGAUGGGCUGAGCGGCCGCUCCCAGAGCGAUAACGAUAAUUUGGUCCUCAUCUACAUCGUGGUGGGGGUGGUCUGCACUGUGCUGGCGCUGCUGGUAGCUGCAGUUCUUUACCUCAUCAGAGCAAAGCAGAGCAAGGCAGGUAAAAGCUCACCAUCAGCUAGGUUACAUGAGCCGGAGAAAAGCAGCGAGGCCAAUACCCAGGAAUCUGACCCCAACAACCUGACCUAUGCGGACCUGAACUUCGACAAAGAGAGGAAAACGGUCCGUCGGAUGGUGGAGGUGAGCCAGCAGUCGGAGUACGCCUGCAUCCAGAGCAGCCGGGCGCCCAAUGGCGACGACAACCUCACCUACGCCGACCUGGACAUGGUGCACCUCAGCAAGGCGCCCCGGCGGCCGGCUCCGCGCCCCGAGGAGGCCGGCUCUGAGUACGCCAGCGUCCAGAUCCUGAGGAAGUGAGCAGGGCUGCAGCGGGACCCCUGUGUCAUGGGGAGCCACCCUGCUCCUUCCCGGGAGGAUUUUCUUGGAAGCACCGAGAGCGAUGUGAAGAUGCGCUGCGGUACCCAUGUUUUGGGAUGGAAAUGGAGCCCACAACACUGUAGGGGUUGGCUCCCAUCCGCGGAGACCUGAUUUUGGGGGGCAGCUUGGUCCCGGGGCUGCUGGCUCCAUCCCUUCGGGAUCCCCCCAUAGUCAUGAGGACCACUCAGCCUCGGAGUGCUGGGAUUGCCCGUGAGUGGGUUAAUCCAGUGGAGCAGCGACAGUGCCUCCAUGCCAGCUCCCAUGGGAAUGCCACUGCUGCCCUGACCCCGCAGGGAUGGGCUGGAGCCCCUGCGCUGCCUUCUGGGGCUCUGCUGCCUGGAAACCAAACUGGCUUUAAAGGAAGGACCGGAGCAUCCGCAUCUCUCUUCCCAAGUGUCCCUUCUGCGGGACCUCGGUCUCGCCCCAAGGCCAAUGAUGCUGGGAAGGCCGGCGAGCUGAGCCCCCCACUGCAGGCUUCUGCCCAUCAUGCUGCCCAGGGAGGCUCCAGGUAUGGCCCCCCGGCACCGAGCAUCCUCUUCAUCCUCCUCUUCAUCUCCCUCUGCACAGCCUUGCCCUGCCCCGGCACCCACCAGCGCUGCCCCAGGCUUGUACAACGCGUGCAGCUCAUCCCCGGCCGGGCUGCGGGUGCCCCCCCCAGCCUGGCUCCCCCCGGGAGCUCCCCGCAGGUACCGUGUAACAUGUUUUGACUGUUUGACAUGUAACUGUUAAUUUUUAGAGCUAAACCCCAAUGUUUCGUGUUGUACGUGGGUGUUCUGCUGUGUACUUAACACUAGAAUUAAGAUGUGCAAAACGAAGACCGAGGCCUCAGUAAAGACCCCUAAACCCCACAGAGUUUUAAAGAGACUUACACAACCCCUCCCCGGCUCUGAACGGGGGCCAGGCAGGCUCCCCCCAGCCCAUCCGUGAGGACCAGUGUCUUCCAUGUGCCCUUUCCCUAGGCCAAUACACACAGCCACCAACCCUGCGUUGGCUCCCACAGCACCCGGGUGGCCUUGCAGCAUGGGGCUGGCCCCCUAUGGUUGCUGGUGGGGUGGCUGGAGGGGCUGGUGAUGCUUUGAGAACGGUGUGACUGCUUGUACAGACUUUUUUGGUUUCCUCUUUUUGCUUGCGAGAUAUUUUUAUAAUAAAAGUGAAAAGUCCUGUGCUGCUCCCCCCCA